AAGGAGCUGGGCAGCUAAACAAAUGGGCCCUCUCGCUCUCCCUCUGCGUUCUCACAGGCAAUACUACUCUUGGGAUUAACCGCUCCGGAAUCUCGCCGGCGACGGAACGGAAACAGAAACCUCACCGGCGGAAAUGAAGAAUCCGGCGAGCCUCCCCUCUCUCUGCGCACGGAUUGUCCUUAUCUCCGAUCAUCGCCGUCACGUCCCCCACGAAAAGCCCUCUCCCUCUCUGCUCCGCUAACUCCUCUCUCUCUCUCUCUCUCUCUCUCGUCUCGACUUCCCUUCCAUCUCCAAAAACCAAUUCCUACCUCGAGAGUUGAAGCUAGAACUUGCCGGAUUGACCUUCUCCGAUCGGGUCCUCUGCUAGAUAGCUGAAUGCGCCUGAAUUCCUCGGUCCAGGAACAGAGUAUUUGGGGUUUCUGAGGCAUUAAUGUCGUGUUCAUGAAUUUUGUGUAGAUAUAUAUGUUUUUUUUUGUGGUUUUGGGGGGUUUUGUUUGUACAUGCAGAGAAUCAGAGCCAUCGGUUUUUGAUACAGUGUUCUGAUGAGUCACUGUUCUUGGACAUGAAUCCAAAGCUUCUGAGCUCUUGAAAAUGGAGCGCCAGUAACAUCACAGCGACAACCGCCACAAUUGACCUUCGCUUGAAAUUGAAGUUGAACACAGUGUCCCCAAGCUACCACGCUCUCCGUCCAGAUAUGCCCCCGAAGAUCCAGCCAAUUGACAUCGAUCCUCAAGUCCUGCGCGAACCGCCUCGCUCCGACUCGUCCAAGCCGGUCCUCAAGUCCAGGCUCAAGCGGCUCUUUGACCGGCAGUUCCCCGGCGUGCUGAGGAAUUCGUCGGCGGAGAAGCCCAGCACCGGCGGUGAAGCUCAGUAUAGCAAGGAUGGAGCGGGCAACGAGUUUGAGCCGAGCUCGGUUUGCCUCGCGAAGAUGGUCCAGAAUUUCAUUGAGGAGAGCAACGAGAAGCAGUCGGCAGCUAAGUGCGGGCGCAACCGCUGCAAUUGCUUCAACGGGAACAACAAUGAUAGCUCCGAUGAUGAGUUCGAUGUUUUCGAUGGUUUCGGGGAAGCUGCGAUCACUGGAUCGUACGGCGACGUCUCCGAUUCUCUCAAGGUUCUAAUUCCGUGUGCGACCGUCGUUGAGAGGAACCUGUUGGCGGACACGGCGAGGAUCGUGGAGAAGAACAAGAGCCACAAACGGAAGGACGACUUGAGGACGAUCGUGGUGGAGAAUUUGUCGUCUUUGGGCUACGAUUCAUCGAUCUGCAAGUCGAAAUGGGAGAAGACCUCCUCCUUCCCUGCCGGCGAGUAUGAGUACAUAGACGUGACCGUCGACGGGGAGAGGCUGUUGAUCGACGUGGACUUCCGAUCGGAGUUCGAGAUCGCGAGAUCGACCGGCGCGUACAGGGCGGUCCUUCAGUCGCUGCCGUACAUAUUCGUCGGGAAGGCGGACCGGCUUGGCCAGAUCGUGACGAUCGUCUCGGAGGCCGCGAGGCAGAGCUUGAAGAAGAAAGGCAUGCACAUCGCUCCCUGGAGGAAGGCCGAGUACAUGAGAGCGAAGUGGCUCUCUCCGUACACCAGAGCCGCCGCCGCCGCAGACGCCCCGGAGACGGCCGGACCGGAGGCCAACGGCGAGGGGGACCCCGGCGGGGAGUCCGACGGUGGAGAGCUCGAGCUGAUCUUCGGCGAGGAAGCGGCGCAGGCGGAUGAAGCCACUGCCGCUGUGCCACCGGCGCCUGCACCGUCACCGGCGAGCUCGGAGCCCGGCGUGGGUGCGCAGACGUGGCAACCCCCGGCGGUGAGGCCAAAGAGCAUCGAGAAGGGAGCGAAGAUGGUCACCGGAUUAGCUUCUCUUCUGAAAGAGAAACCCUAACAAAUUUUGGAAAUUUUUAACAUUUUUCUUCAUUUUUUCUUUUCCAGUUUUUUUCGGCUAAAAUCAGAUAUAUGCACAUGAAGGAAAAAAGAAAAAAAGCAUAUAUUUCAUGGAGAUAAAAAUAGAAAUUAUCCACAAUAAAUUUCAACUUGUUUCUUGUUUUU